AUGCCUGGCUCCUGUGGCCCAGAGUUUGCAGUCCCAUCUGUUGCCUCCACUCCCAGAGUCGGCUUUGGAUCUGCAGGGCCCAACUGGGGAGGUGUCGGUUGUGGAUACGGAAAUCUGGGCUUAGCUCAAGGUUAUGGUCUCGGCUCUGGGUAUGGAGGUCUGGGCUUAGCUCACGGUUAUGGUCUCGGCUCUGGGUACGGAGGUCUGGGCUUAGCUCACGGUUAUGGUCUCGGCUAUGGCUACGGUCCUGCCGUGGCUGAAACUUCUGGCAGUCUUGGCACCCUGGCUGGAGUCAUCCCUUCCUGCAUCAACCAGAUCCCACCCGCAGAAGUCGUGGUCCAGCCACCACCCACCGUUCUGACCAUCCCAGGACCCAUCCUCUCUGCCACUGGCGAACCAGUUACUGUCGGAGGUAACACUCCAUGUGCUGUUAGCGGUGCUGGAGUGGCAGGAGCUGGUUUCUAUGGGGGAGCAGGAGGCAUUUGCGGCCCUCGUUGGGGCCUGAGGAGGGGUUCACUGAUUGGAAGAAGGAGUCUACUUGGACGUCGUGGCAGCAUCUGCUAUUGA